GACAUGCACCAACCCAACCCAACCACACCACUAUCUUCAUUAUCUCCACCAAUCCCAAUUUAGACAUUUGCUGCAAUAAUCAUUCAUAUUAUAGAGAUAGAUAGACAAAACCAAGAACCUGCUAGAACCCCACCCAAACUCAUCACCUUCGUCCUAUAAAUAAGAACCUAAGAAAGGGAGAAGUUAAUUGAAUAUACAUACAAUUUAUAUAUAUAUAUAGAGAGAGAGAGAGGGGGGGGGGGAGAGCAAUUAAUUAAUUAAGAAGGGGGAGAUAGAAAAUAAUAUAAUUAGGGUUUUUGUGUGAGGUGGAUUUGAAAAUGUUGCAAUGCAAGUUUGUUAUUACCGGAACUUUGUUGGUGAUGAUGCUGUUUCUAGAAACUUCUUUUGGGGCUAGGCCCCUGGGGAAGCACAUACCUGCAGGUUCGGAGCUUGGUUCGGGAUACGUGCCUAAUGGAGCCUCUGAUGAUCAGUACUACGGAAUUAGCGGCGGCGGUGGCGGCGGCGGUGGUGGGGGAGGGGGAGGGUCUGGAGGCAAUGGUUCUGGGUAUGGGUCAGGGUACGGGUCUGGUUCCGGGUACGGCUCAGGGAACGGGUCCAGUGGAGGUGGCGGCGGCGGCGGCGGCAAAGGAGGUGGCGGCGGGGGUGGUGGAGGUAACAAUGGUUCAGGUUACGGAAGCGGCAGCGGCUCAGGGUAUGGAAGUGGAGGUGGCAGUUCCGGAGGAGGAGGUGGUGGUGGUGGUGAAGGAGGCGGUGGAGGCGGCGGCGGUGGGGAUGGGUACAGCGGAGGAUCGGGGUACGGAAGCGGGUCGGGUUAUGGGUCAGGGUAUGGUUCUGGAUACGGCGGCGGCCGUGGUUGAUGGGUUGAACGUAGUUUGAAACUUUUCUUGCAUGCAAUAAUAUACAUAUAUAUUUAAAUAUAAAAUAUAUAUAAUCGGGUAUUAGGAAUUCUUGUACAAUGAAAUUGUCGGACUUGUAUAAUAUCCGAAAUGAUUAACUAAAAAUAAUUAAAAAUAAAUUUGCAUGUUUCAUAACUUUCAAACAAAGAAUGUCUCACUUUAUUUACCAAAUUUGGGCAACUUUACUAUUUAU